AUGUCGGGUCCAGGUGUUGGCUUCGAGUAUCCCCCGACCGAGGUGUCGUGGUUGAAAAGAGACGUGCUGCUCUUUGCCGUGAGCAUUGGCUGCACGGUGGAUGAGCUGCAUUUCAUCUACGAACUCCAUCCUAACUUUGCCGUGUUUCCCACAUAUUCAAUUAUCCUUCCAUUCAAGAAGACCACACAAGAAGUGAUUGACUUCUAUGCUGCCCAAGCCAGCAACCCGAUUCCGGGAGUUCCCAAAUUGGACGCAAAGCGUGUCGUCGACGGCCAGCGCAUGAUCCAAUUCCUGAAGCCUCUUCCUCCUACGUCCGAGGGUCGGAAAUUCGAGCUGCGGUCCAAAGUAAUAGGAGUGUACGACAAGGGCAAGCCAGGCACUGUCGUCGAAACCGAGCAGACCAUUGUGGACAAAGAGAGCGGUGAGGUGUACACACGGGCGGUCGGCUCCGGCUUCUUCGUUGGCCAAGGAGGAUGGGGUGGCCCCAAGGGACCUACGACGGUCAACUAUCCACCACCGAAGGGCAGAGAGAACAGUCCCGAUAGAGUCAGCGAGAAACAGCUGACUGCGGAGAGCGCGCAUCUAUACAGACUCAAUGGCGACUAUAACCCACUCCACGCGACACCCGAACCUGGUCAGAAGAUGGGUUUCGGAGGAGCUAUCAUGCACGGGCUGUCCACCUGGAACUUUGCCGCACAUGCACUCUUGAAAGAACUGGGUGGAAGUGACCCGGCAAACAUCAAGGAGUUCCAGGCUCGCUUUGCCGCGCCUGUGAAGCCUGGCCAGAAGCUGGCGACCAAGAUCUGGAGGACUGGCGAUAUCAAGGAUGGAUGGGAAGAGGUCCGAUUUGUCACCGAGGUCAAUGGCAAAGUGGUUCUGAGCAACGGUCGGGCGUUAAUGAAGUGUGUGGGCGGAAAGAGCAAGCUUUGA